AUGGCUAGCCAGCAAGGUGGACCGAGCGCCCGAGCGCCCCAUGAUCAUGAUGCAAGGGAGGCGAGUCCCAGUGCGGAUGCGAUACUCGACGCACCAUACUCGAGCGACGAAGAACCGAAUCCCCAUGGCCUCUCCUGUCGCUGGAGAACAUCGGAAUUCUACGACCAGGAGUGUUGCCGAUACUUUGACUGUCCCUCUCAUCUCGUUGAGAGGCGGCUUUCUGUCGAUGACACCGGCGAACCCAGCGUUCCGAGAGAGAGCGCCGUCGAGGUGACCGAAGCUCGACAGUAUACCAUCUCCCCGAGGACUUCUAUCGAAGACGAGCUCCCAGUAUCCGACCACGACGGCACGACGACCGAGCCACAGCAGAGAGACGAGACUCCUGUUGCUAAUACUUCAGCGCCACUGUCGGGCCUAUCAUCUGGGUUAGCUGCUGAGAGAGAGGCAGAGAGCGCGGCGAGGACUGCAUCAGCAGCGAGUCCCGCAGCUCUCCCCGCCAGAACAUCGUCCUUACCGAUCCGCACUCGCGUUCCUUCUAGAAGCAUCGACUUGCGAUCUAGCGAUCCGUCGGGUAGUGAUAUCUGGGGCGAGUCUUCUGAUCACGGCGGUCGAGCAUUUACGGCCAGCGCAUCGGCGGCGGAUCUGUCAGGCAGUAGCUCACCCAGAAUGUCUGCUCGGGAUCAGCUAUCUGCUGUGUAUGGCGCUGAUAUGAAUGAAGGCAGCGGCUUACUUCAGUCGCUAUUCGGACCACCUGAGCGCGAGCGCGAGCGUGAUCGUGAGCGCACAGGGUCGGUUGUUCUUCCUAGGUGGCAACCGGAUGCCGAGGUGACCUACUGCCCUAUUUGCCGCACUCAGUUUAGUAUCUUUGUGCGCAAACAUCAUUGCAGGAUCAUCAUUCCGCACCAAUUUAUUGUCAGAGCGCCUGGCUCCGAAGUACCGCUUCCUCCGGCACUGCUCUACGGCUCGGGCGCGAGCUAUGUCGACAUGAAUGGACUCUCCGGGGGCGAGCGGGUGCGCCUCUGCAACCCUUGCGUCCCUGAUCCCAAUACUGCACCUCCACAAAGUCCAACUUCUCCUGCCCCGUCGCCGCGUGAGGCACGACGCAGGUCCCGGACCAGCCUAGGGGCCGGAUAUCCUGCUCCGCCUCCUGUAAAUCGAUACGGGGGAGUCUUUGCUGCUGGCCAGAGCAAUGAUCCUUAUCAGUUUUAUACCUCUAGGACAAGGAGUAUCACCAUGGAUCCAACUGGACAAAGGGCAGGAGGUGCUUCGUCCUCUUCGUCCUCCUCACGUAGGCGCAGCGCCCACUACGAAGUGGCAUCCAUUAACCGGCUGAUGGCGGCCGGGCCAUCGCCUUUCAGUAUGCCAAGUCAGCACCAUAUCCACCGACGUCGUUUAACUGGAGAGCCUGGGUCAUCAUCACGGCAGCGUGCUUUACCCCCUCCCCCACAGAUUGCGGAAGAGGAUGAGUGCCCCAUUUGCCACUUGGAGCUGCCAUCUCGGGAACUGCCGAAUUUCGAGGCUCUUCGAGAGUCGCAUAUUACUACCUGUAUCCAAUCACACAGCACAUAUGGCAGUCCUCGUGGGGCAUCGGAUGGCACUGCACCGCUCCCCCCUCCCAGGCGCACUGGCAUGUAUACGUAUCCCGCCACGGAGAAGGACUGCAUUGAUGACGCGGAAUGCACCAUCUGCUUAGAGGAGUUUACCGUUGGCAUUCCCAUGGCGCGACUUGAGUGCCUUUGUCGGUUUCAUCGAUCUUGUAUUUCAGCCUGGUUUGUCAACCACCCGGGAAGAUGUCCCGUGCAUCAACACGACGGAUUCGGGUACUAG